UUCAAGCAACUAUCCUUAGAGUCAGUGUUUAAACGGUAGAUGUGACAUGUACCCCUCCCACUGAAACAGAAACAGAACCAAAUGAUCAUGUGGCGAGAUUUUAUUCUAAUUUUUGUGUUUUUACUUGGAAUAACAUUGACAUCACGUGCGGUUCGUCAUGGUCCAAAUCUUAUAUGGGCGAUGCACCCUGCAAGUGGAAAUGGGGUUUCUCGGAUAAUGGCUAUUGAAGGUGAUCCUGAAGAAUGGGUCUUGACAACAAACGUGACUGUUCGCCAUAUAAGUGCUCCACAUUCGGGAUGGCAAUUCCGAGGUAUUGCGUUCCAUUACGACAUGGGGAUUCUGUUCUGGACGGAGAGUAGUAACAAAAGAGUGCAGGGACUGACUCUAAAUGGGAGCGUUUCCACCACGACCCUGUUCACCAGCACGUCCAGCGAAGUAGAUGGUGUGGUGGUGGACUGGAUAUCUAAUAAUUUAUACUUCGCGGAUGCUAAGUAUAACUGGAUAACACUAGUCGCCAUCAACAGUACGGAGAACUUCUAUAAGAAAAUCGUUAAUACAGGUCUCGAUAAACCUCACGGCAUUGCUAUAUAUCCACAGAAAGGUUACUUAUUUUGGAGUGAUUGGGGAUACCAACCGAAAAUAGAAACUUCCGACCUCAUCGGAAACAACCGACGCACAUUGGUAUCUAAUGACCUUGUACACCCACGUGGUCUAGCUGUCGACCAAUCGAUGAACAAACUAUACUGGGUAGACAGUGGAAAGGACACGAUAGAACGGGUAGACUUUAACGGAAACAACAGAAAAACACUAGUUCAACUCCAGGGCACCAACUUUUUCGGAAUUGCUCUUUAUAAAAAAUAUAUCUUUGUGACGGAACAAGUGGAAGGUCAUUUACGAAUUUACGACAAAAAUACCGGCAUUAAAUACAUUGAUUAUCAGCUGGGUCAUCGUCCUUACGGCAUCGUCAUGUACCACGAGGACCUACAACAAGGCAACAGAGAUGAAUGUAAAUUACUCGGUUGUGAGCAAAUUUGUAUAAAUAAUCCUCCUUUCGGUGCCUCCUGUUACUGUGGCGACGGUUACACCCUUAAAGACGAUCAGAAAACGUGCGUAGAAAGUGACUACUUCAUUCAGCCUGCUCACAUUUACGCCAUUGGGGACGCCAUAUGUCAGUACCCUGUUAACCUGGCGGAUAUGUCGUUAGUCGACGUCACAAUGGAUAAACAAUGCUUUAUGAAGAGCGGAAAAGGGUUCACGGCGCUAACAUACGACGCCAAUGCAAAAGUACUCUACUACACUGCCAACAUCACCAACAGUAUCGGUACCGUCCAACUUAAGAAGGGGGCUUACACCGACACCGUCAUCCGGGGGCUUGGUGACGUCAGAGGUAUGGCACUUGACUGGACGACGUCUACGCUGUACUGGACUGACCGCCAGUUCAAACAUAUUAUGGUUGCUAAGACAGACGGUCGUUACCAGAAAACUAUUAUCGACACUGAUCUAGAGGAACCACUAGGCAUAGCUGUACAUCCUGAACGGGGGACGAUGUACUGGACUGACCCCGGAAGACAAGUUAUAGAAAUGUCCUACAUGAAUGGAGACUCUAGAGCAGAGUUAGAAAUCUUCAGCGGAGUCCGGCAUCCGAAUCAUCUCUGUAUAGACUUCCAUACAGAUAAACUUUAUUGGUCGGAUUCCGAGCUGUUCCAAAUUGGAAGUUAUGACCUGAAAGAUGGCAUUGUUGCAAUUGCUUACUCCCAGCAGUCUGCAAAAUUCUUUGGCAUCAGUGUCUACCAGGACUACAUCAUAUGGACAGAUACAGACAAGAUGAACGGCAUUCAUGUGGCAGACCUCAACACAGGAACAAAAAAGCGCGGAAUUCUUCACCCUCAGGUGGGCGUGUCUGCAGACCUCAUUACAUACGACCUUUCAAAUCAGCCAAACUUAACAGGGUCUUGCGCAAAUUCACCGUGUGACCAACUUUGUCUUCCAAACUCACCGACAACUUCCUUUUGCGCAUGUGGAAUUGGAUUUGAAUUAGAUGACGUCGAUAUGAAUAGAUGCACAUCCAGCUUGCUGUCUGACAACUUCUUGAUAGUGUCCGAUUCUCACCAGAGACACAUGUACCAGAUCGGGUUAGAGGAUCAGAGUGUCCACGCUAUUCCACUCCCAAAUCUGUACCGCCCAAUAGCUCUGGAUUAUGACUCGCUAUUUGAAAAGCUUUACUGGACCGACAAUAUGGCCAAACUAAUUAAGGGUGCUCACAUAAAUUCACAGACGGAGUUCACACUUCAGAUUCUUACGAAUGUGUCUGUUAUUGACGGGAUUGCUGUGGAUUAUAUCAACCGUCUUCUGUUCUACACCAACACUGGUCUCAACACCAUUACUGUUAUCUCCCUUGCACGGACCAGACUCAGCCGGACUGUUGUAUAUGAAGACCUCGACCAGCCUAGAGAUAUUGCCGUUCACCCACUUGAUGGUCGGAUUUUCUGGACCGACUGGGGACGUCAACCAAAAAUCGAAACUGCCAAUAUGGACGGAUCAGAGAGAGCGGUUCUAGUCAACCUCACAGAAAAGUCUUGGCCAAACGGAAUAGCUGUCGACUACACAGAAAGGAAAAUCUAUUGGGUGGACGCUAAAUACGACAAAAUUGAGGUUAUCGACAUCAAUGGCCAAAACCGGAAGACAGUUAUUGAAGAACCCAACAGUCACUACUUCGGGAUAACUGUUCUUGGAAACUUCCUUUACGUCACAGACUGGAAACGAAAUGCCGUUUCCCGACUGUUAAAGACUGGAGGAAAUAUGGAGCAGAUCGGACCGUCUAGUUUUUCUAGGCUUAAUGGUAUAGCUGCCUACAGUAGUGACUCCGUGCUGAAAGGAAGGAACGCAUGCUUCGACCACACAUGUGACCAUCUUUGCCUUCCGAAACAGAACCUUAAAUAUACAUGCGCAUGCGCAGACGACUACGUGUUAUUGGGUGACCGGUGUAUUUCAUCAGAAAUUCCAAGUAACAAGACGACUGAGCCGGCGACUGUGACAGUAUCAGUUCCAGAUGUGAGUAAACCAUCCGUGGGUACGGUGAAAGGGCGUUCAGACUCUGCCAAAGGCUUGCAUGUCGGAGCUAUUGCAGCCAUCGCCAGUGUUGGCGUGUUGGUCGCCAUAGUUGCAACAAUAGCCAGUAUUUUCCUAUACCGCAAAUAUAAAGAUCAGUUUAUUCACCAUAAUCGUUUAGUUGAGGACAACCAAGUGGAUUCGUUCUAUAGGAUCACAUUUCCGGAUAAUAAGGAUGAGCCAAUGGUAGACUCUGGUAUAGUAAAUCCAGGCUACAAACAGACAGAUAGAUAAAGAGUAAGAAUCAAAGUAUAAAAGUCUAAUGGACCAGAAUCCCAUCAUUAACUUUUAUAGUGUUUGGAAAACGGCUGAAAUUUGAUGGAAUUAGCUACAGAGUGAGCGCUAGUGUUUUGAAAAUAUUAUGUUGCCAGGGAAUAGUUCUGCACAGAUCUUGUCAACUUGAAGUCCAUGAGGAUAACUAAUGCAUUACCUGUCAAUUUAUUCGACGGUGAACAUUUAUGACCUUUCUUUCAUGUUCUAUGACCUACAUCGAGAGUACCAAUAUCGAGGCAAUAGCAUUAAUUUCUUCUCUGUUUUCAUAGUCAAUGGCUAAUUUGAGGCGCCUCGAUUAGUCCUUGUUAUCUGAACUUUUGUAAAGUUAAAUGUAAAUAUUAUAUAUGUAUAUAUGAGAAGUUGUAAAUGUUGGACAAAACUUGUAUAUCGUAUGAAAAAUAUUCUGUAUGUAAAUAUUUUGUGAGUUUUAGAAAAAAAUAUGUGCACGUGAUACAGCAUAUAUCUAGUCAUGAUUCCCUACUUACCAUACCAUGGUGUUACUUUCCUAUGACUAACAUUAGUGUACGCUAAUGUAUUUCAUUUUUCAUCACCAUUUACUGUUUCCUUUCUUCCUUUUGAGUUUAACAUUUUGAAUUGUAACUAAGUAACUCCCAUCGAAAUGUUUUCUUUUGUAACCAAGCAAGGACUCGACAGCAAAAGGGAGAAGAUGAACUAUGGAAUUCAUAAUGGUCAUAACUUAUGCAUCAGUCUCUAACUAAUGACUGUUGUUAAAGUCAUGUUAUAUAACUCAAUGUUUCAUUAAAAUAGAAAAGCGAACCUUGGCGUGCACUUUCUUCUCUGUAUUACUAUUAUCAAAAUGUUUAUAACGUAAAUUUACAGCCAUGUUUGACAUUGUCAAGUCAUUUAUCUGUUUUUAUUAGGGGAAAGUUCGAAUCCAAAUUUUACUGAUGAAAGGUGUGGUAUCUACGAAUAAUUAGUUAAUACACAAAUGUAGACGCAAAUUUGAUUUAUAGAUUAGAUACUUUACAUAAAUUUGAGGAAACACUAGUCACUAUUUGUUACGAUAGUAAGACUUUCCGAGAAUCAGAUAAGAAAAGAAUAUUUUGAAAUGUUAAAAUAUUUUGAUAAGGAUUUGAACCAGUAGAGCAAUAUGGUUAAUACAUAGUGUUAUGUGUAGGAGUAGCAGGAACUCGGGUACCAUUACGAGUGUUACUGAAAUACAUGAAAAAAAAACAUGUAAAAA